AUGGUACCAUUUAAACAAUUGUAUGUUUAUGUAGUGCAUGCUCUUGAAGAUAUUUCACAUGAUCCUAAUCCUGAAAGCUCAUGCAAAGCAGCAUUAUAUUUAAAUUCAGUGACAAAAAUUGAUUUUCUCGUUGCACUUGAAGUUACAGUAACUUGUUUUGCCUACACUUUACAACUCAGUAUUUCUCUUCAGAGCAAACAACUAGAUAUUUCUAAAGCAUUAUCCGACGUAAUGGUUAUUCGCAGUGCACUAGAAGAGCUUCGAGAAGGUGCAGAUGGACAACUUUAA